AGUAAAAUUUAUGUUUUUCUAUGUUGUUCUUAAUUUCCAGAAAGGGGGAAAAAAAAAACAGAAAGAAGAAAAGCAAAAGUCUCUAUUUUGUUCUUUCUUUCUUCGUGUUCCUAUUCUAACCAAUGGCAGGGGACUCUGUAAUUUCGCCUCAGAGAAGCAAAGAUUUCGGAAAACAGGAGCAUGGAUGCGAUCACUACAAGAGACGAUGUAAAAUCCUUGCUCCUUGCUGUAAUAAGAUCUUCCCUUGCCGUCAUUGCCAUAACGAGACCUCAAACUCACUUAGCAACCCAAAAGAUCAUCACGACCUUGUCAGGCAGGAUAUCAAGCAAGUUAUUUGUUCAAUCUGCAAUACCCAACAGGAGGUUACUCAAGUCUGUUCCCAUUGUGGGGUAAACAUGGGAGAAUAUUUCUGCGACAUUUGUAAAUUCUAUGAUGAUGAUAUUACAAAGGGACAAUUCCAUUGUAAUGAUUGUGGAAUUUGUAGGGUUGGUGGCCGUGAUAAGUUCUUUCACUGCGAGAAAUGUGGUUCUUGCUAUAGGGUGGAUCUGCGUGACAAUCACUUUUGUGUGGAGAAUUCCAUGAAGUCUUACUGCCCCAUCUGUUUUGAGUAUCUUUUUGACUCAGUUAAAAGCACACGCAUUAUGAAAUGUGGACAUACAAUGCAUAUGGAAUGCUUUUCUCAGAUGACUAUGCAAAAUCAGUAUAGGUGUCCCAUCUGCUGCAAGGCAGUACUUGAUAUGUCUGCCUUCUGGGAAGAUCUGGAUAUGGAUAUUGAUGCUACUAGAAUGCCUGCGGAGUAUCAAUUUGAGGUUUCAAUCCUCUGCAAUGACUGCAACAGUACAAGCAUGGUCCAGUUUCACGUUCUUGGUCUUAAGUGCAGGCAAUGCAAUUCUUACAACACCCGCCGGAUUACAGCGCCGGCCAACCAUUGACAUACAUACUGAAGUUGUAAUUGGUUCGUAAUGCAACAUUUGACACUCUUUUAUGCAAAACUCUCUUACAAAAGGUCUUUGUUUAGUUACAUCUAUUUCGUUAUUAAUUUUUGACUACUGAUGUAAGAUCAGUUAAUAUAA